AUGUCUCCCUUUGACCACAAACACACAAACUACCAGAAGGCCCCCCGGGAUCUUCAUGGUAGACGACCUGUCUCAGUCCAAGGUUGGACCUUGAACACUGGUCGUGCGAUGCAAGACAUGCCUCUGUCUUCCCGAGAAACCUAUGGCAAGCAGCGAUCCUCCAAUUCAUCGACAUCUGACAAUCAGUUUGAUAUUCUGAUGGCAGAGUGCGCGGCAGUGCGAAACAAGAUGGAGAAGAUUGAAGACAAGAUCGCUGAGCUUUACUACGCUCGUCAGAAAAACGGCGACACUGCUUCAUCUGCAUCUUCCGAUGCUAACACCUCUGCAAGCCAGAAACGUGCUAGUAAGAAGGGUAAUUGCACUGUUGGAAAGCAACAAAAGUCCCCUUGGACAGAAUUCUACGACUGCAAGGACUACUCACAUUUUGAACAAGUCGAGGAAACGGUAGAGAAUCGCAAGGCAAAGAAGCUCAAGACUGAGGAGGAGAAGAACCGUCAUAUAAACAUGGUUUUCUUGCGGGAGAACCCGUAA